UUCAAUUGCCUGGUGAUUUAUGUUAGUUUGUUGAAUAAAUAAUAAAAAUAGUUUUCGUUACGCACAAAGAGAUACUUAAGAAGGAGUCAGUUGGCUUGGCUGCGAGGAUAGUGAUCGAUAAGCAGAGUUACCGUUAGUUAGCUUAAAAUGGCAGCGGCUGCCACUAGCGUGGUCGUAUUAGAUCGUGGCAAUAAUACAACAUGCACAAUCAAUUUGCACGGCGCUACCGUCGUCUCCUGGCGUGUCAAUAAUCAGGAACAAUUGUUUGUCAGCAAACUGGCCUCGUUUGAUGGCAAAAAAGCAAUACGCGGUGGCAUACCCUUCGUCUUUCCACAAUUUGGUCCUUGGUCCUUUGGUCCACAGCAUGGCUUUGCGCGCAUAACACGCUGGCACUUGGAUCGUGCUCCGGAGCGACUGCACAAUGGCGAUGUCGAGGCUAUAUUCUCGCUAAUGGACAAUGAGUUUACGCGUUCGAUAUGGAAUUAUCAAUUUCGCAUUACUUAUCGUUUGAUUUUGCGCGAGAAGGAGCUGCAUUUUCACAUUGGCGUCUAUAAUCCCAGCAAGGAUUUGAGUUUCACCUUCAAUAUGCUGCUGCAUACGUAUCUCAAGGUGCCCGAUGUGCGUCGUUGUCAGAUAACGGGACUACAUGGCUGUCAUUUCAUAGACAAGACACGCGAGGGUGCAAUGUAUCAGGAGGGACGCGAGGUGGUCACGGUUAAUGAGUGGACAGAUCGUAUCUAUCAGCAUACGCCACAGGAGCAUGUUAUCACCAAUGUCGUAUCCGGACGCAAAAUGAGGCUACAUAAGUAUAAUUUUCCAGAUACGGUUAUUUGGAAUCCUUGGAUUGAUCGCUCGCGUGAAAUGAGCGACUUUGGUGAUGAUGAGUUUCCCAAUAUGCUCUGCGUUGAAGCGGGCAAUGUUAGCUCACCUGUGAUCCUGCUGCCCGGCACUGCCUACGAAGCCAGUCAGAUACUGCAGCAAUUCAAAUGUCCCUAUCAAUUACCUAAGCCUCCUGAUUCCAAGAAGCCCCGCUUACGCCUUAUGCUUGUUCAUUGAAGCUUUUAUACUGAAAUAAUCUUAAAAUCAAAUGUCUUUUGCUCCUUGCACAGAUCAUCAUCGAGGGUAAUGUGAGUCGAAAAACAAAACGGAAUCGCUAGCGUUUAAAGAAUCGGAACCCAUUGCGGUAAACCGAUUCGUAAAAGCACAA